CACAUGACACGUUUCCUGUCAAGAUGGCGGAUAAUCUACCUUCGGAGUUUGAUGUGGUCGUAAUAGGGACGGGUUUGCCUGAAUCCAUCAUUGCGGCUGCAUGUUCAAGAAGUGGCCAGAGGGUUCUGCAUGUUGAUUCAAGAAGCUACUAUGGAGGAAACUGGGCCAGUUUUAGCUUUUCAGGACUGUUGUCCUGGCUAAAGGAACACCAGGAAAACAGUGAUAUUGUAAAUGAAUGCCCAGUGUGGCAAGAGAAGAUCCUUGAAAAUGAAGAAGCUAUUGCUCUUAGCAGGAAGGACAAAACCAUUCAACAUGUGGAAGUGUUUUGUUAUGCCAGUCAGGAUUUGCAUGAAGAUGUCGAAGAAGCUGGUGCACUGCAGAAAAAUCACGCUUCUGUGACAUCUGCAAACUCCACAGAAGCUGCAGAUUCUGCCUGCCUGCCUACAGAAGAUCAGUCAUUAAGUACUGCAAGCUGUGAAAUACCCACAGAACACACUCCAAGCAGUGAUCCAGAGAGUGCCCUAGAAGUAAAUGAUUUUGAAGCGACAGGGGAGAAAGAAAACCAUUGUGAUGAUAAAUCUUCUGUGCCCUCAACUUCAGAAAAGGAAACAAGUGAAAAUGUGCCUAUGGCCGAAGAAACUGCAGAGCAACCAAAGAAAAAUAGGAUUACUUACUCGCAAAUUAUUAAAGAAGGCAGGAGAUUUAAUAUUGAUUUGGUGUCAAAGCUGUUGUAUUCUCGAGGAUUGCUAAUUGAUCUUCUAAUCAAAUCUAAUGUUAGUCGAUAUGCAGAGUUCAAAAAUAUUACCAGGAUUCUUGCAUUUCGAGAAGGAAGAGUGGAACAGGUUCCUUGCUCCAGAGCAGAUGUCUUUAAUAGCAAACAACUUACUAUGGUAGAAAAGCGAAUGCUAAUGAAGUUUCUCACAUUUUGUAUGGAGUAUGAGGAACAUCCUGAUGAAUAUAAAGCCUAUGAGGAAUUUACAUUUUCUGAAUAUUUAAAAACUCAGAAAUUGACCCCCAACCUCCAAUAUUUUGUCCUACAUUCAAUUGCAAUGACAUCAGAGACAGCCAGCAGUACUAUAGAUGGUCUCAGAGCUACCAAAAACUUUCUUCACUGUCUUGGGCGGUAUGGCAACACUCCAUUUUUGUUUCCUUUAUAUGGCCAAGGAGAACUCCCUCAGUGUUUCUGCAGGAUGUGUGCAGUGUUUGGUGGAAUCUAUUGUCUUCGCCAUUUGGUACAGUGCCUUGUCGUGGACAAAGAAUCUGGAAAAUGUAAAGCAAUCAUAGAUCAGUUUGGUCAGAGAAUAAUCUCUAAGCAUUUCCUUGUGGAAGACAGUUACUUUUCUGAGAACACAUGCUCGCAUGUGCAAUACAGGCAGAUCUCCAGGGCAGUCUUGAUUACGGAUAGGUCUGUACUAAAAACAGAUUCAGAUCAACAGAUUUCCAUUUUGACAGUGCCAGCAGAAGAACCAGGAGCUUUUGCUGUUCGGGUCAUUGAGUUAUGUUCCUCAACAAUGACAUGCAUGAAAGGCACAUAUUUGGUUCAUUUGACUUGUACGUCUUCUAAAACAGCAAGAGAAGAUUUAGAACCAGUUGUGCAGAAAUUGUUUACUCCAUAUACCGAAAAGGAGAUAGAAAAUGAAGAAGUUGAAAAGCCAAGACUUCUGUGGGCUCUUUACUUCAAUAUGAGAGAUUCUUCAGACGUCAGCAGGAACUCUUACAAUGAUUUACCAUCCAACGUUUAUGUCUGCUCUGGCCCAGACUGUGCUUUAGGAAAUGAUAAUGCAGUCAAACAGGCUGAAGCACUUUUCCAACAAAUCUGCCCCAACGAAGACUUCUGUCCACCCCCACCAAAUCCUGAAGACAUUAUCCUUGAUGGAGACAGUUUACAACCAGAGGCUUCAGAAUCCAGUGCUAUACCAGAGGCCAACUCAGAGACUCCCAGGGAAAGCACAAAUCUGAGAAAUUCAGAGGAGCCCUCUGAAUAACGAGUAUACACCAAACUGAAUAGCACAUUUUGGAAAAUCCUCCUAGCCUCAGAGUCCUCUUGAUGGAAGAAAGGUUUGAAAAAUGUUACAAAGCAGCAGCCAGUUGACAUGCAGAAUUACCAAGAGAAACAGAUGAUUGAAAUCCAAAAGGGAAUUUUCCUUAAAAAGUACAUUCCAAGACCACAAAACACUUGUAAAGCACAUUGACUUGCCUGCUUUAAGAUACCAAACCUGUGGAAUUAGCAGAUAAAAAUUAUAAAUGGAUUGAUUCCCAGAAAUAUAGCUAUGUUUAUGAAAGUGAUCCUAUGCAUUGUUAAUAAUUCUAUGGUAUUAAGACAGCUUUUGCUUGCCACUUUGGAUCUUUGUUUGAAAACCACAUCUUCAAAAUCUGCUUACAUAUUUCCUUUGAUUAUUUGAGUUUUAUUUUCUUUAUGGGUAUGAGCAUCGUGACACAAAUGAUAAAAGCAUACGUAAAUAUAGCUGAUAAAAACUAAAGUGUCAUGAUCCAGGCAGGAGCCUAUGCUUGAAAUAGAGGUUUGUUUUGUUUUCUAUCUUGAGUAUUGAAAAUGCUAAUAUUAAAGUAGACACUUUUAUAAACAAGUCAUGAGUUCAUUACUCAGUGCUUUUUUCUUUUAAAUGUUAGUAGUGAUAUUUGUAUGUGAAUCCUGAACAUACUAGGAAGGCUCAAUACUGAAGAAGUGGAAAGAUUUGAAUAGGCUCAUUGGUAUUUGGAAAUUCUGUCUAGUCGAGUGUCUGGAGCACUAGCCUAAUUGUCUGUGGACCUAAUUUAGUCCUAGCUAUGCCACCGAUGAUAUUAAGCAAAUUGUUUAACUUCUGGGCCUCAGUUUCUCCAUAUGUCUACUGUAUGAGAAUGAUAUUGAAGAUAAAUGCAGUGCCAUCCUUAGAAUGUUUUUUCUGGAAUAAAAGUUGUUUCAGAAUUUUCUCAUUGUCUUGGGGGUGAAUAUCAAAGAUCUCAUGCAGCAAAUAACUGUUUGCUGUCACCUCCCCCAACACAAUAGAUCACAGUGUUCUUAUUGCAUUAAGCUUUUAAAAUAAAAAUCUAUUUCCUUAAUUAGUAUUUUAUAGUCUAAUAGAAAAGUAAACAUAGUAACGUGAAAUUGUGGUUUUGAAUCUUAAUAAGGAAAACAGUCUAUAAACUCUUCAUAUUCCUCUUCUAGUAGGUAAACCUGAAACAACCAAGGACUCUAAAUAGAAUAUGACAAUUGGUAAACCCUAAUAUGCACUUAACAUAAAAAUACAAGGGCUGUACAUAGGCAGCAAAUCUAGUUACAGUGACAGUGCCUAUAUUAAAAUCUUUCCAAAUGCCAAGCUCUAAUGGUUUACCUUUUUUGAGCAAUAGUUUGGACCCAACAACUUAUUUCAAUAAAUAAAUACAUUAAAAGUGCGUUGUCAUGCAGUCUGGCCUAUCUUGCUGAUCAGAGAGCCAUGGCUACAGUAGAAAGCACAUAGUUCUUACAUACUUCAGCUGCAGCAGGGCUCUGACCUCUCCAGAUUUCAGAGAAGAUCUUAAAGGAAACCAGCUCUGUCAGGUCACAGACUCACGAGAAAUGGAAAAAAUCAGGAAUGUAGCUCUUGCCUCACCUUUUAAACCCCCUGCGGAUAUAGCUGAAUCCAGUAGAAAAUCUUCCCAGCCUCUCAGGCUACUCCUAAUCCUUCUCCCCAUUGUAUAGCCUCUCUCCUAUCUCUUUAAUCCCCUCUAUCCCUUUCUUCCCCUUUUAUAAUGUUAUACAAAUCAGGGACAAUAGAAUCACAUUAUAACCUACUUUGUUAUAUGGAUUCAGAUCCAUCUUAAAUCAUAUAUCCUGAAACCCAACCACGGCAUGCGCUAAAUGCACAAUACAUACCUAUAAGCACCGGGUAUUGGCUCUGCCCCGCAGUAUGAGCAAUAUAAAAGCUUCCACUGUAUGAGAGUAUUGAGUCUGAAUACAAUUGCAGUAAACUGCACCAAUUAAGAUAUUGUACUUUGUUAUAGUCUUAGAGUUAAGGCCUCUUGAUGCAGCAUGCACACUUAUGUAAACAGCCAAUCAGGGCACACCCAGAAUGACUAGAAAAAUACUGAUAGCUUUACUACAGCUCUCUAAAACAAUGAAGGAGAUAUUCUGUGGUCUCAUGGCCCAGUCCAUACUGUACCCUAUUUCAUCCAUUAGCCAGCAUCGGAAUUUCUCUUCCAGGUUAUUUAUUAAAUACUGUUGAAAUGUUUAAAAGCUCCUGAAUAUGAUUAGUGAUGAUUAAGAUAAUACACAACUGUUAAAAACCUUGUGUUAGAGAACUUUAGAUAUUUCCUGUUGCCUCAGAAUGUAAUAGAAAUUAUUCUAAGAGCAUUCUUUUCAGCUAUCUUAAUUACUGCAAAUACUUGUUUUCAUAGCUUUAAAGGAAAACCUUUUAGUUUUGUUGUAAAACCAUAAGCCUGAAGUCAUAUGAAUAAAAUAUAAAUGCUGUAUGUGAUGCAGAAAUUUCAGUAGCUAAUUUUAAAUUUUGAAAAUAGCUAUUAUCAAAGAAUUUUUAUUCAUGUGUUUAAAAUGUUUAUGUUAUGCAUGCUUCUUAUUAACCAAAAAUGAUAAUACCAUUCAGUUUAGUGAUCAACAUGAAAACUGGUUACUAACCCUAUGUUGCUACUGUAUUUUUGUCUAGUUGGUAUGCCUGCCCAGAAAAAGAUAGAUAUAUAUGAUAUGUAUAUUAUAAACAUAUAUUUUUCUAUAGGAAAACUGAGUUAUAAUUUCCCCAUCUUCUAUGAUAUCUAGCUGCUCAUAGGAAAAUAGUCAUGUUAAUGGUUAACUUUUGGAAUAGUAAUUUCUGAGAUGGGCAGCCCUUUGUGUAAAAUAAUGGCCACACUAAUGAUUAACUUCUGUCAAAGCUGUAGUUCUGGAGAAGGCAGCCCUUUGUCUAAAGUGCUAAAAACCUUGAAAAAAGUUUGUUGAAAUUUGAUUGCUAAAUAGUAGUGAUCCUUCAAAGCAGUUUUCUUACAAAUAAGUUAUUUACUGCUAUUGGUAUUGGAUAAUUUCUCUCUCAACUCUUGAUUGAUUUUUCUUAUAUGCAUUUCCAAAAGCAUGAAUAUAUGAUUAUUCAUAAUUUGCACACUGUAACAGUAAGUUUUCAGAGGAAAUAAAGUCUGUUUUUAAUGCC